GCCCCAGCCGGCAGCGGCGGGGCAGUGCGUCAUCGCCGCGCGCCGUCGCCAAGGACACGGCGCCCGUUCGCGGUCGGGGCCGGGCGGCGCCAUGAGCGGCUUCGGCGCGGACGAGAAGCUGCGGCUGCAGCAGCUCCGCGCCCUGCGGCGCCGCUGGCUGCGGGACCAGGAGCUCAGCGAGCGGGAGCCCGUCCUGCCGCGGCGGCAGCUCGGGCCCGUGGCCGCCUUCUGGGAGCGCUUCCUGCAGCCCGGCGGCCAGUGGCGGCUCCAGGUGUUCAGGGCGUACCAGGGCGGCGCCUUCGCCGUGACGCGGGUCCUGCUCCCCGCCACGAUCGUCCUCUACUACGUCAAGUACCACGUCAUGAAAACGCCGUAUGGUGCUGUUGAAUCAAAUCCACGGAUAUUUCCGGGGGACAGAAUUUUAGAGACGGGAGAAGUUUUUCCACCUCUGAAAGAAGAACCUGGUGAUCACCACUGAUGGUUAAAUGCUGAUUUCCUUCUUCAGCAAACAAGGCGAUAUCUGCAGCUGCUUUAUCUGUUCUAUAAAUGACUCCUUAUUCUGCAUCCCUUAAUCUCUUCCUUCAUUUACUUUCCACCUAGUCAGUUUUGUUCCAGUCGCUACUCAUGAGAGUUUCCUUUUCCUACAGUGAGUUUUCCUGCUAAUCUCUCGGGAUGUAGCACCCUUCCCCUUCCCACCCCCAGUCCUGUAUCUUUUAUUCUGGUCUGAUGAGAUCCUACAGCAGGACAAUGUGUGCCUUAUAAUAACAGGAAUGCCACUUUACAUCCUGGGUGGAUUAUGGAAUAGUUUUCCCAAAGGGACGGGUGUCAUGCCUAGCUGCAGGAACUGCCUAAAGCAGAGUGCAUGCACACACGUGUGCACGUAUGCAUGUGCACACGCACAUACAUGUACACCAGCUGUCGUCUUCCAGACAGUCUAGCAGGCCCUUUUCUACCAAGUGUUUUAGAGACUUCUGUGUCAUCCCAUUUCUCGGCCAGUAGAGGAUGGUAGAAGUGGAACUCCUGGGCAGCAGCCUGCUGAACACCCCACACCCCCAUCCCAACAUGUGAAUUAGCCUGAUGGCAGUGUGGUCUACCUGAAAUUGCCUGUUCCCAAAACGAAGAGUCCAACUGGGAAGGAGAGUGAAAGUUCCCAAGCUUUCCCAAAAAGUUGCAUCCCUGAGAGUGAAAGGUAGAUUACACUGAUUUUCAGGCCUCCUAUUGCUUUACCUAAAGGCAUAGCAGAAAUGACAGUUAAACUGUAAACUUGAGACUUCACGGUUUACAUCAGUCUGACAUAAAUGGGCAUAAGUCCAUACUCUGAAAUAGUUGCUACUUCAAUUGAAGGGCUGGAUAGGGCAAAUCUCCCCAUGACAAAUGAAGAUGUUUGUGUUUACAGUAUUCAGGUGGCAAGCAACAGUGUUCUGGAGUUUUUGAGGGUUUUGUGGUUCUUUCAAAGGGAAGUAGGGGAACAAGUUCUCAGUGCAAAGUCAAAAUUCUAGGGAAUACAGCAGUAAUGGAUAAAAAGAUUGUAACUCCUCUAGCAGCCGUUGGUCAGUCCAAUUUGACAUCUUUUCUCAGACUUCAGUGUUUCAGACCAACGGAGCAAAGAAGGACGCUGAAGAAGUUGAAGCUUUCUCAAUACAAAUAACAGAACCCCCAGGCUUUGCUUUCCACAAUGGCUAGCUCAGCACCUUUUGUAAGCAAUGAUCUCCCUUGGGCAUGCAGGCAGGGAACAGGGAAAAGCAGAGGAGACCAACACAUUCAGGUAUGUAAGCGGAAAAAAACCUGCUGCUGUCAGUGCAUUUAGAAAGCCCAAGCCCAGACCUCUGUGAUCAAAGAACAGCAUCACAGCAGCGAUCACCUCCAUUUCUUUCUCCUGAUGAAUUCUCUCUUUCACCUCUAGCACAAAAUCAGAUCUGAAUUAAGACAAAAAGUACUGGCAUGUACCUGCGUGUGUGGACUGCUCCAGUACAGAAACUUGACAAAACCAAUGUUUAUCAGUUCUUGGCUAAUCCAAGGUGGGCAAGAGUGAUAGGAGGGAAGCAAAAGUGGUGGGAGGGAGAAGAAAACUCCCUAUCAAAUCGGCACCUGAAAGGAAUCGGCAGGGCUCUGCUCAGGAAAGGAAGCUGCUUUCCAGAGAGGCAAGAGUGGGGCUCACAGUGCAGUUGUGGUGUGCUUGCAGGCAUGAUGUGUACUCUGCCUCCCUCAUGCCUGUCCAUCACCAGACACAGCUCACCAGUUUCUUAUGCUCAAAAUUGUUUAUGGGCGAGACCUGAUAUUAAAAGUAAAGCCAAGAAUUUAUUGUUAGUAUAGGUAAAAUCUUAAGAGUUGACUCAUUAUUAGUCCAGGAAAAGAGAAAAGAAUAAUGCAGUUAAAACUUCUUAAUUUCUACCUCUUUUCUUGAUGUUAUGCUCACCCUUGCACUAUUCCUCUGGGUCCUAAGAUUGGUGGUUUCAUUAUGGUGGUGGUAGGGGUGUUAUGGCAAGCUGUCAGCCUCUGUGGAGUCCUUCACCAGAAGGAAUAUGUUUGUGUUGAUGGUUUCUUCCUCCUCCUCCAGAAUCCACUCAGGUUCAUUUUUAUGUUUGCUAAUGUAACGUGCAGUUCACACCUUUAUCUCUUUUGAUUUGUGUACAGUUCCUGUUACAUUUGAAUUUACUAUAUAUAGUGCGCUUUACGCAUGUCAGAUACUAUUUUUGUUCUUUUGUUACCCCAGAAACCAGUUUUGUCCAGCUCCAGAUCUGUAUCUUUUUUAACUGACCAUUAGUUGUUUAUAGUGGUGGGAUUUCCAGUCCCAAGCAUGGGUCCCAUCUCUUAUCAUCCUAUGCCUGUACCCCUAUCUACAGAAUCCUGUGCCUGCAUUUUUCAAGGCCUCUGCUAUCGUGCUACGCCUGUAUUUCUCUAGCUACAUCAUUGAGCUAGUCAUAAAUGUCUCAUUCUACAUAGAAUAACUGUUUGUUACUAGUAGCUAUAUAAAACUGUCAUUGUAUUACACAAAGAUAAACAAAAGUAAAAUAAAUUAGCCAUGGGUACCUGA